UGUAAAGCGAAAUGGCCAUCGCGGCAAUGCUGACCGAGCUCGAACCAUAUCGGGAGCGCAUCGGGCAGGCCGCCGGAUUGCUUACGGUGGUCCAGUACUUAGCGGGAUGGUUCAUCUGCUCCGAGAUCCGUCGUCGUGGAACAUCUGCUGGUGUUUCUCCGUUGCGCUUCAUCGGCGGAUGUGGUCUCUCCAUCCUUCAGCUGCAGUACUCGCAAAAGCUGCAGGCACCGGCACUGAUCUGGACGAGCAUUUUUACGCUUUCCUUUUCGGUGUUAUACACCCUGUGGUACUGGUGGUACACGCCGAUUGGUCGGCGAAGGCCAUUCUAUCGGCUCGCGUUUGGAAUGGGCGCUAUCACGAUCGGCUUGCUGGCGUAUGGCGCACAGGGUAAUAGUCCCGAAAUUAUGCAUCGCCUUGGGAUGGUCCUGACGGUGUUGGCUCUUGGUUUCAUCGCGCUCCCGUUGGCACAACUGGGCUCGGUAAUUAGCGCUAAGAGCAGCGCCGGACUGCCACUGCCAGCGAUUCUGGCCUCAACUGGGGCAACCAUCCUUUGGCUCGUGUACGGGCUGCUCAUCAACAACACGUUCAUCGUGGUCCAGAAAAUCAUCGCCAUGGGGCUGUGCACCGCUCAGCUAUCGCUGUUUGUCAUUUAUCCAGCAUCCGGGACCGUUGAGCGGAAAAAGAAACAAUAAUAAUCUCCCCAUCGUCCUCCGCGCCGGAAAGCAGCCGUUUCGGUUCACUGCUCGCCAACUGUGGCCAUCGUCUGGCGGGUGGUUGAUAAGGAAUCCCCACUCGAAGCGGAUCUGACGCACACUGGCCAGUUUGAGGCAUGGAUUCGGUUUUCGGUGGCUUCCCUGGCGUUUUUAAAUUUAUUAUCUGUGCCCUUUAUUUUGUUUGCUGUUGUGCUGUUUAAAGAAGUACGUGAUUCGUGCGUUUCAUCGAAGGCAGUUCAAAAAAUAUAUAUGUUAGUACCACGAAUAAGCAGUUUUGGGGCUUGUUCCGAUCGGUGCAGGGAUGGGAAAACGUUUGUGAUGUACACUGACUGUAUUCGACUGAUGUAAUGAUAAUGUUAUCACCGCAGUUUGGCAGGUGACUGGUUUUAGUAUUUCAGAGUUUUAACUGCUACAAUAGAAAGUUCAAACGAACUCGAAGGGCGCUGAGAAUUUGCUAAUUACAUUGCAAAUUAAUGUCAUAUAACUUGAUACGCCAAGAACACAAUCUCACACCGAAAAGCAAA